UCUGCAGUUGCUUCCUCCGCGGGGUGUUUCAUCCUCACGCUGAGCGUUCGUUCCCCGAGUGGUGCUGCGAGUCUAGUGCCGAACACCCGCGAUACUGCAGGAGUUCAGCAGCACUGCGGAAGUGAAACUGCCACGAAUCAACAUGGCUUCAAAACAACAGCUUGAGAGAUUAAGGGAAGAUCUAAUUUGUCCCAUCUGUUUAGACUUAUUCCCCGAUCCGGUGUCACCAGACUGCGGCCACAACUCCUGCCGCUCCUGUAUCACGCAGUUAUGGGAACAUGAAGAUAGAAACUCCUGUCCGGAAUGUAGAGAGGUAUUUGCAGAGCGCACCCUCAGGGUUAGUCGGGCCUUGGCGAGUCUGGCUGAGAAAGCUCGAACACUGAACCUGAAUCUCAAAGAGAAGGAAAGUAAACUUCACUGCGAGAAAGCUGAGAUCAAAUCUUCCUUAGAAUCUCUCACUCAAAAUAAAUUGGCGUUGGAACAAAUGGAACAGCAACAGAAGGAGAAGUUUUGUGGAAAUCUGCUGAGGUUCUCUGUCUCUCUCCGUUCACCCGCAGACUCUGUGACCUUGGACUUGGAAACAGCGUGUUCGAAACACGAGGUGUCCGAGGAUCGGAAGAGCGUGAGGUGGACCGGGACAGAGAGGAGUCUCCCUGACAACGGCAAGCGGUUUACAAUCUGGCCUUGUGUGCUGGGGCCGGAGGGAUUCACCUCGGGGAGACAUUACUGGGAGGUGGAGGUGAUGGAGAACUGGGGCUGGUGUCUGGGAGUCGCCGCUGAGUCUCUAGUCAGGGAGAGAGACAUCAACCUGAGGCAGGUGACUGGGCUCUAG